CUCACCCGCAACGUCACUCAUCAUCACGCGCAGCCGCGCGCUCAUUCCUCAACCGAGUGAACGCUACGCAGCACGCGUUUUCCACCGCCCACAAUGCCUCUCGUCAUUCAGUUCCUCUCGCAGAUCCGCCAAUACGUGCGGUCUCAGAACGGCGAUGAACUGCGCUCCUGGCUACAGGUCGAGCCCGGCUCGCCGCAGCAGUACCACAACCUCGCGGCUGAGUUGCGCUCCCAGUUCCGCCAGCAGGGGCUCGACAACAUCAUCGACAAGUCUCUGCCCCAGGAUGACGAUGUUCCGGAGGGGCAGGCCACCGUUUGGCCCGGGUUUGUGGCCUUUAUGAAGGACUACUUCGCGUUCUGGCGGGACAUCGAUUAUGCCGAUUUGCUGCGCGCUCACCAGCUUCUCAGUGGCCUUGUCAAUUCAUGCGCCACGGCCUUUGCCCAUCCAACGUACGGCGCCAUGCUCCUCAAGACCAGCAUGUCCCUCUCCGAGACGCUCGCCCGUUUCACCAUGAGGCUCAACCGGCGGCCAGACUUGACGCGCCGCCUCCGCUCCGUCGACGAGGACAAGACCAUCGCCGAGUCGUCGGCCGAAAUCAUCCAGAAGAUCUUCACCACUUGCCUGACGGACCGCUCCAGUGGCCGCUACAGCAAGCCCGAGGGCAAGAAGAUUGGCGUCUACAUGUUUGCCAACCUCGUCCUCAAGCUCCUCUUUGCAUGCCGGAGGACGCAUCUCGCAAAGAUGAUAUUCGUCAAUAUCUCUACCAUAUCCCCGCCGCUGGCCCUUUACCCAGCCGCCCAGCGCGUCACUUUCCUCUACUACCUCGGCCGCUUCAACUUCUCCAACAACCACUACCUUCGUGCUGCCCUUUGUUUACAAGAGGCCUACUUACAGACCCCCCAACAACUUGUCUCCCACCGCACAAACAUUCUCACCUACCUCAUCCCGUGCAACAUCCUACUCGGUCGCUUCCCCUCGCAGACCCUCCUCCAGCGACCAGAGGCCCUGUCCCUCACACCCAUCUUCAUCCCUCUCUGCCAGGCCAUCCGCUCUGGAAACUUCAUCCAGUUCCAGCACCACCUUGCAACACAUGAGACCUGGCUUUUUGAGAAGGGCCUACUGUUGACGCUUACCCACCGUUUGCGUCCACUUUUGUGGCGGUCUCUCAGUCGCAAGGCCUUCAUAUUAACUUAUGUUCCCCCCACUGACGCGUCCUCUCGGAAAGCUGCCACCCUCGACCUCGCAGACCUUCAAACUGUCGCCGUCUACCUUCAGCGCCGCCUCGAGGGCUGGCUACCCUCCAACCCCAACGCUCUCGGCCGCCCACAGCACGUGAACCCACUCCUCAUGAAAGCACUCGCCAACAACGCUCCAGAUCCAGGGAUGUCCACGCUGGCGCCUCCCCCCGGUGGCCCCAAAGCUCUGCGGCCCAACGAGGGCAUGAUCUGGGGCAACGCAGAGGUCACCACGGAAGAUGUCGAGAUGAUGGUGGCGACACUCGUUCAACAGGGCUUCAUGCAUGGGUUCGUUGCCCACGGCCAGGGCCGCUUCGCCAUCAUCGGUGCCAAAGCCAAGGGGCCCGUGUUGGCGGGAUGGCCCAAUGUGUGGCAGACGAUCCGCGAAAGGCGGUACGAGGAGGACUUUGACCCGGAGGAGGUUGUUGGUUGGGUUAAGGAAUAGGAGGGAUCAGGAUGGAACUCGGCAAUGGGAUCCGUGAUGUAACUUUUAGGAUAGAUCGGAAAAUAAAUACAUGAUACCCAGGAGAUAACACAUCACAUGCAUGUCUUGGAAACAUCACGAGAGUAGAGAGGCACAACGGCUGUCUGAAGCAAAAUGACUUGGCUUGAUCUUCCACAUUCCUUUUGUCCGUGGUUC